CUCCCACCCAGGUGCCUCAUCUCAGGCUUCGUUUCCUCGUCGGGGAGAGGGCGACGCCUGCCAGAAGGCGCUGGGAAGCGCCGCACCCGCCCGCCCUCGCGGGGCCGCUUCUCCCUCCCCGAACUUUCCCCGUUUCCCGUUCGCGGGGCGGGGAUCUCGGCCAGCCGCCCCGUUCCGCCGGCAUCACAUGGUGCUGAGGGAGGAGGGGGAGCCGCCCCCCGGACCUCGAGUUUAUUCCAGUCUCGGAGCUCAACUCCGGCGGGGCCGGGCGGAGCGGUGCGGGUUGGACGCCGCUGCCCGCUCACGGCGGCGGGGAAGCGGCUCCGAGCGCGGCUCGUCCCUCCUGCCGAUGCCCCCCCGUGCCCCACCGCCAGCCCGGCGGCUGCGGGAGGAUGCGGCUCUUCCUCCUCGCCGCUACUUUCUGCGGACUGUGCCUGGCUCCAGGUUUCGGUUUGCAAAUACAGUGCUACCAGUGCGAGGAGUUCCAGCUAAACAAUGACUGCUCCUCUCCGGAGUUCAUUGUGAAUUGUACGGUGAACGUUCAAGAUAUGUGUCAGAAAGAAGUGAUGGAGAAAAGUUUUGGAAUCAUGUAUCGCAAAUCCUGCGCAUCUUCAGCAGCGUGUCUCAUAGCUUCUGCUGGAUACCAGUCUUUUUGCUCACCAGGGAAAGUGAACUCUGUGUGUAUCAGCUGCUGCAACACUCCGCUCUGCAAUGGACCCCGGCCGAAGAAGAGGGGGAAUUCCAGUGUGAUGCUGAGGGCACACAUGAUAACCACCGCUCUGCUCCUUAAAUUCUCUCUCUUGUUUUUGUAUUGCUAAACUUCGAGCGAGUUUCUUGUCCUGACACAAUUUGUUCCAUCUCCUCCUUUCUUCAAAGACACUGCAAUUAUUUUCUAUUUGUUUUUUUAAGUCUCUAUCAACAGCAAGGGAAGUCUGGUGGUUGUGGAGAAAGAAGCUAACACUUCUGGCAGCUAAUGCAGAAACCAGAACAUGGGAAGGAAUGCAAGGAAGAACUUUACUCUGAAGCACUGGAACAGGCUGCACAGAGAGGUUGUGGAGUCUCCUCUGGAGAUAUUCAAGACCCACCUGGAUGCUUUCCUGUGCAACCUGCUGUAGGGAGCCUGACUGAGCAGAGGGGUUGGACUCAAAUGGUCUCUAGAGGUCCCUUCCAACCCCUACAGUUCUCUGUGAUUGUGUGAUCCGUGAAUUCAGUUAGCAGAUUGUGAUUUUCAAGUGCACACUGGAAAUUCAACAGCAGGAUGCAGAACUCCUGCUCCUUUUGCAUAACUGGAAACAAACCCAUUGUGUUAUUACUUUAAGAUGUAGUCAAGUCCUCAGCCACUUUAGUUCAUGUGUUUUGAUGUUCGUUGCUGCCCAUUGCCUUAUGAAGUCAUACUUCACGUUCACAAAGGCCAUUCUGUGUGUCUGGGCCAGGCUUCGAGCUCAUCUCUAGUGGCACUACUUCCAAGCUGGGCUCCUGCAAUUCAUCACCCGGCUUCUGCAGACUGCAGUUGGUGUUGGCCUCGUUCUGAAAAGUACUUAAACUUUUGCUAUUGCUCCUUGUGGAAGAGCUGCGCUUGGAGGACAUGAAGAGCAGCGGGCGUAGAGACCGGUUGCUCCUUGCUCUUGAGCUCAGGUUGGCUCUAAGAAACUUCUCUUUGUUGGCAUGCUCUAUCGUCAGGUGGCAGCGGAGGACCUGCAGAAACACACUGCGGAACUGCUGAGAAGAGAUAUUGUACAGCAGGGGGUUCACCACGGAGCUGAGGUAGAAGAAGAUGUCAGCAAUGGGAAGGAGGAUGAUGUACGCCCUGAAGUAGGGGACGGUCCAGUCCUGCUUUGGUUUAGCAGCAGCCAUGAUCCUUCUAAUCUGGUUUGGCAUCCAGCAUAUUGCCAGGGUUGCAACAAUCAGUCCUAUGAACAAAAAGAGGGUGGGGGGGGAAACAUGAAGUAUUAAGUAUCAGUUCUGCACUUACUUGUUAGGAAACAGUACCAGUUUUUCAGUGUUUUGCUUAACAGCUUUUUCCGCCAGCAGCAUUUUUUUAUUUGUUUUGGUAACUUAGAAGGUCAUCAUUGCAGCGUAUGCUACAAGGAAAGACUGCACGGUGCUUGGGUAGUGGUCCUUUGUACCUGUUGCCAUUUAUGAUUUAUUUUCCAUGUUCUCACAUCAAUACCUGUAUCUUUGGGAAGAAUGGAUCCUUGGUUUGCACUGUGUUCUUACACUUACGUUUUUCCCUUUACUUUGGAAAAGCAAACAAAAUAAACCGAACCGAGAGCCAUAGCAGAUCAGGCAAUACCCAGCAGAGAUCAGAUUCAUGUUUGCACUUGACAAAAAGAAAUAGCAAAAACUGUAUGCAUAAUAAUAUAUUUGGUGUUAUUUUUGGUAAAUUUCCUCUUACAGAAGAUAUUUUUAAGUAAAAUAUGUAUGGAUCUUUUUAUGGUAAUUAAGAUAUGUUGGACUUUGUUAAAAAAAAACAAAAACAUGGAAUUCCAGUGGAAUUAAAUUAUGAAUGUAAAAGAGAAAAACCCAGCCCUGCUCACAGAAGUGUAACUUGUUUCAGAUUAUAAACUCUGCUCGAAAAUGCAGUAUCUGACCAUUCUGUAUUUAUAUGUCAAUAUAAAUACACAUUGCUGCAUCACUAACUGUGUUAAAAAGGGGAUGGCUUUAGUGUUGGAUGUCUGAGAGCUCCACCUCCAUGUGCUGUGGUGCUAUCAGCCCUGGAGGACCAGGUGAGUGCUGUGAGCAGGGACGGUGCUGUGCUGCUGCUGACACGGGCAGGCGCUGGGCAGCCUGACACUUGGCUUAAUACACAAGGGCACAAAAUGAUUUCUCCUCUGCGCUUUCCCCUGAAGCUUCUGAAACAAAACAUGACCACAAGUUACUGCUUCCACUUUGUUUUUCUCUUUGCAGGAAACGUGCCUUAUCUGAGUGCUUAAGAAGGAGUGGAAGCUACAGGUUGGCUUCCCUGCUGCAGGUGCUCAAAGCAACAGAGUAUCUCGGUGGUGAAUGGUUUAUGCUUUCCACAGACACUUGUUAUACUGUUUAUCUCCUCCGCUGUCUUGCCUCCUUUCCCAGCAGAAGCACAGAAACAUUUUAAUUCCUACCUGUGUAGAGUGUCAUUAAAAAGAUCACUAGGAAGGCAACUCUGAAAUAGUCUAUCAUGCACUUGUCUUACUAGUGAGAAGUAAUGAAGGUAAGGGGAAAGGAGGAUGGGAAAGAAGCAAUUUUUUUCUUCACUCUGGAACUGCCAGGACUCAGGGGGUUGUGUCCUGGUUCCCUCCACCACCAUCACUUUGACUGGGGGGAGGAAAAGAAAGAGAUUUUCUUAAUGAAAGCCACAGUUACUUAAAAAAUAACACAUGAUCUCAUUGAGUGACAGAUCCCAAAUAAAGGCCAUCUUUCUGAUCA